AGGUGUUCCAAUCCUAGUCUAAAUUAUGGGACUGAUAUGGUAUGGUGACGGCAUGAGUCAGUCACCUUUUAUUUCGAUCUCCGGAUUUAAUAUUCUACGCAUCCCCCAACCUGUAAUUUUAUCUCUCAAUCAAUUCAAAUCUCACUUCUUAUUCAUCCAAUUCAUCUUUAUCUCCGACAAAUUAAACAUAACAAUGGAAAUUGGCAAGGAGCAAGUCGGUUCAUCGUCAUCAUCUCUAACCGAAGAUCUUUCUGCUCCUAAGGAUUCAUCCCAGUCCCCUGGGAUUUUCUCCUUACUUUUCCCACCUCUUGUGAGGAGACCCUCAUCUAAUUCAUCUUCAUACCUCAUGGAAUGUCUUGACAAGCAGUUAUAUGAAUUUCAAGCAUGGAAGAAAGAAUCACAAGCGGAUGAUAUGAUUAAUAGUGCAAACUGUGACACAACAUUGCAUGAUAGAUCAACACCUUCCCCAUUGUCUUCAUCAGUUUACUAUAGCUCAAAAGAGGACAUGUAUAUCAAGCCAAGAAGUGCACAAUCAAUGCCUAAGAAGAAGGAAUAUGAUCCCAAAGGAAACAACUCACAGAGUGUAUCACAAGGGAAUUGGUGGGACGGGUCGGUUUAUUAUUGACUGUGAGACACUUUUAUCAAGUUGGAUGAGGCUAAAAUAAUCGAAAACAUGAAAGCAUGCCUAUGGAUUAAUAAAAUCACCUUUAUUUUCAGUGGUGUUUUCUGUAUUUUAGAAUUUUAGAACUUGGGCAUUUCACAUACAAGUUAUGACCAUACAUAUAGAGAUUAUAAGACAUGAUGUUUUGAUAAAUUUUAGUCUUUAAUAUAAUUCAUUAUGCAGCAAGGCUGUUGUGAACAAUAUAAUGCGGUAU